CAUGCGUGUGUAUGUGUGUGUGUUGUGGCCAGAUAUCUCCAUCUAAGCCCCUGCGCUAUAAUUGAAAUGGCGCAUUUGGCUGCAGGCGGACUGUGAGGGCUGCUUUCUGCUGCGGCGUGCAUGCACGUCCGUGGACGUCAUUUGAUUUGAAUGGCCUGAGGGGUGUGUGUGUGUGUGUGUGUGCGUGUGUGCGCAUGUGCGUGUGUCCCUUUGCAACAACAACCACAUCAUCAUCAUCACCAUCAUCCACUCCAGACAUUGAGGCGGAGAGCCGGAGAAGGAAGAGGAGGAAUUCUCGGAUGCUCUGUGCUGACUUUAUCAACAAGUUCUUAUCGGUUUUUUUUCAUUUUAUUAGAGCACAGGAGAAAUGGCUGACUGGCUCUCUUUGAACUUUGGAGAUGGAGCUAAACGCCUUUAAGCUCCAAAUCGCCUCUGGGACUAUUAGUGCAAUCACUUUUCCUUCUUUUUGUUGUUUAAACUUUGAGCAAAGGCGAAUUUAUGCUCUCUCUUUGUUGUUGUUGAUUUUUAUUCUUAUUUUCUCUCCAAAGGCGCAGACACCUGCACGCGCGCACAAACAUAUAGGAUAACUUCCUAUCUGUGCGGGCGUAAUUUUUUUUGAGUCGAAGAGGGGAGGAGGUGAAGAGAGAGGAGGAGGAGGAGGAGGAGGGGGGGGUUAUAUCACGCUUUUCUUUGCCUGAGAAAAUUGCCUUGGCGAGAGAGAGGAGUUGAGCUAAUUGUAGCCUAAUCCCUCGCCCAGAGGCGCUCGGGCAGCCCGGAGCGACAUUCUUCUCCUUCGUCCUCAUCGUCAUCAUCCCUUUCUCCCUCUUGUCUUUUUCUUCGGGAUUCUUCUUCUCCCAAUAAACGACAGGAAGACUUUAAUUGAAAGGAGGAGGAGGUGGACUAAGACGAAGGGGGAAGGAAGGAAGCAAGCUCAUCUCAUCGAUGUUCAAGGAGGGGCGAAGCAUGUCGCGGCUCUCUCUGACCCGGUCUCCGGUCUCCCCCCUGGCCACCCAGGGCAUCCCUCUGCCGGCGCAGCUCACCAAAGCCAACGCGCCCGUGCACAUCGACGUGGGCGGGCACAUGUACACCAGCAGUCUGGCUACCCUCACCAAAUACCCCGAUUCCAGAAUUAGUCGCCUGUUCAAUGGCACCGAGCCCAUCGUGCUGGACAGCUUGAAGCAGCACUACUUCAUAGAUCGCGACGGCGAGAUAUUCCGCUACAUCCUCAGCUUCCUCAGGACCAGCAAGUUGUUGCUUCCUGAAGACUUUAAGGACUUCCAGCUGCUGUACGAGGAGGCACGCUACUACCAGCUGACGCCCAUGAUCAAGGAGCUCGAGCGCUGGAAGCAGGAGCGCGAGCAGCGGCGCAUGGCGCAGCCCUGCGACUGCCUGGUGGUGCGCGUCGCGCCCGACCUGGGCGAGCGAAUCACUCUGAGCGGCGAGAAAGUCCUCAUCGAGGAGAUCUUCCCGGAGACGGGAGACGUUAUGUGCAACUCGGUCAACGCCGGGUGGAACCAGGACCCCACCCACGUCAUCCGCUUCCCCUUCAACGGCUACUGCAGGCUCAACUCUGUUCAGGUCCUGGAGCGUCUCUUCCAGAAAGGCUUCAGCGUGGCGGCGUCCUGCGGCGGCGGCGUGGACUCGUCACAGUUCAGCGAGUACGUGUUGUGCCGCGAGGACCGGCGGUGUCUCUCCAUCAACACGCCCAUCAGGAUAAAACAGGAACCUCUGGACUAGAGCUACGGGGACGGGACCGCCUGGGAAAAAGUCCCCCUCCGCAGACCUUCAUCCACGAAGGCCCAGGCUAACAGAGGCUCGUCUAACCCUCUGUGGGGAAUGUAGACGCAAAUUUAAAAAAAAAAAAAAGUUUGGCAUUCCGGCCAAAGAGCAAACAAACGCGAGCAGCUUACUUGAACUAUUAGGACCACCGGAGCCACCGCCACACAUCUUUUUGGGAGUGUUUUUUUCUUUUUAACCGGAAGAGGACGGACACCAUCCCAGUCUUCGUCUCCUUUGUCCAAUAUGAAGGAUGGACACUCUUCGAGCUUGUUGGAAGGGAGCGGCUGCCAGUGGAUUCUCGAUAGGGUUGCUUUUUUUGGUUCUUUUGAGUUUUGACACGCAAAUGUUUUCGUUCAACAUAUCUCCAGAAGACUUUAAGUCGCAGUUUUGAUGAAUGUGGAAAAAAAAAAAAAGGCGCCAAUAGUUUACCAGUAUGUCUCAUCAAACAAGAGGUGUACUCUAAAUGUUUUUGUUUUUUUGCACUUAAUCACUGCCCAUGUUGUCAUCCAGACAUGUCUACAUAUACAUAGGGAUUUUUUUGGGUCCUAUACUAGUAGUAUUUUUAUUUUUUCCUACCAAAAUCCAACCAAUUGCUUAAAGAAAAAUACUUUUUUGCACCGACAAAAAAACGUUCUCAUCGAAUAAAAAGCAUGAAUGCAUUUUUUUUUCAUUGUAAGUAAAACAAAAAAAACAAUGAGGAAAUAUAUACAUAAAUCCAUAAUAAAUCCAUAUUCUAAUAAAAUAUCAGUUAAAAAACAAUUCAAAAAUGUUAAUAUGAAAUGAAUUAAUUUCAUAAACUAAAAAAAAAAAACUACCUGUGUUAGUGUGGACAACUGAGCAUUGC